CACCAGCCAGGCCUGCGGGGUGACGGCCGGCCCGAGCCCAGGGCGCCCUCGGAGGAGGCCCGCGUCCGGGAGAACCGCCUUCACUUCCCCGCCCGGAGGCUCCGGUGGGCACGACCGUGAGCCGACGGGUUCCCGAGGACCGUCCUGUCCUGGCAGCGCCCCUGUGCGCGUGCCCGAGGGCCGGCCCGCUGCUGGGCCGAGCUCGCGGCGCAGCGAUCGCCAAGCCCCCGCGCAUCCUUGGGUCCCAGCCAGCGCUGCGCUGCUGCUUUGCGGGCCCCGGAGCGCACCGUCCCCAAGCAGCGCACCUGCCGGCGGCCCCCACCCACCGGGAGCAGUGGACAUGAGGUUGGCAGGCCCCCUCCGCAUUGUGGCCCUGAUUGUCGCCGUGGGCCUCACCUGGAUCGUGGUCAGCAUCCUCCUGGGUGGACCUGGCAGUGGCUUUCCUCGCAUCCAGCAACUCUUCAUCAGCCCAGACAACUCAGCGACCCCAGAGCCACGAGCCCGGAAGUACAAAUGCGGCCUGCCCCAGCCAUGUCCCGAGGAGCACCUGGCCUUCCGCAUGGUCAGCGGAGCUGCCAAUGUCAUCGGACCAAAGAUCUGCCUCGAAGAUAGGAUGCUCAUGAGCAGUGUCAAGGACAACGUGGGCCGGGGACUGAACAUCGCCCUCGUGAAUGGGGUCAGCGGUGAGCUCAUCGAGGCCCGGGCCUUCGACAUGUGGGCAGGAGAUGUCAACGAUCUGCUGAAGUUUAUCCGGCCACUGCAUGAAGGCACCCUGGUGUUUGUGGCAUCCUACGACGACCCGGCCACCAAGAUGAACGAAGAGACCAGGAAGCUUUUCAGCGAUCUGGGCAGCAAGAACGUGAAGGAUCUGGCCUUCCGGGACAGCUGGGUGUUUGUGGGGGCCAAGGGCGUGCAGAACAAGAGCCCCUUUGAGCAGCACGUGAAGAACAGUAAGCACACCAAUAAGUAUGAAGGAUGGCCCGAGGCGCUGGAGAUGGGAGGCUGCAUCCCGAGGAGGACCGUGGCCGGCUAGCUGGCCGAGCGCGAGGACCAGGCUGAGGGAGGCUGCGUGUGCCAGGGCCAGUGCACGGCUGAGGCCUGAGCCCACGCCCAGCCGGGAGCACCGUCCUGCUCCACCACAUCGGGGCUUCGAGGCAGUGACCGGGGACCAAGUGUGACAGGUGCUGAGGGCUGCAGGGGCCAGCCCCGGCUCACUUUGCCAGGGGAAGCCGGGUACCCAUCUCCUUUGUCCAAAGCUGCUUCCCCGGGGGGAGCCCUAACCUGAUCCCAAGCCCCCGCAGCCACGCACCGGGGCCCGGGGUGCUCGCCCGCCACGCUGCACAGACGUGGUAGUGGCUCUGCGGCAGGUUGGGACAUCCUCCAGAAUCUCUCCAUCCCAGAGCCACCCGCUGCUCUUUGGGCUGAUCCUGUUUCCAGUGUGAUUCCUUCCGAUGCGCCACACCCGGUGGCCGCGUCGGGAAGCCGGCCGACUGCCUGGCUCCUGCCUGCUCCUGCCUGCUCCUGCCCGGCUCCUGCCUGGCUCCGCACGGAGGGGCCUCGGCGCCAGCAGUGAGCCUCAUCACCAUCCUUAGCGCAGCAGACGACGGUUCCUGCAGUUUGCCAGGGGGCCCGCCUUCUAGAUGACCUCUUAAUAAAUGAGUGGCCCCAAUGGA